GGCUCGAUACGAGAAUCGCUUCCGCCGCUGCACCGCAGCAGCGCUGCUCCCUGCUACUCCUCCCUUGCCGCCGCCGCCGCCGAAGAGGAUACGAGGAGGCGCGCAUGGCGGGGGCUUCGCCGGAGAGUGGCGCGCAAAAUGCCGCGGUUAAGCGGGUGGGGCACUACUCGUCGAUUCAGACCAUCCUGCUCGUCGGCGAAGGGGACCUCUCCUUCUCCCGGGCUAUCGCCGCCGGGUUCGGCUCCGGCGCCAACCUCGUCGUCACUUCCCUCGAAGACUAUGAUUCUCUGACGGACAAGUACCCUGAAGCAAAAUCGAAUUUGGCAGAGCUCGAAAAGCUGGGGGCAGUAAUUCUGCAUGGAGUGGAUGCACAUACCAUGAGGCUUCAUCCUGAUCUCAAGCUGAAAAGGUUCGACAGGAUCCUUUUGGAGCACCAAAAGGUAGUGAAGGCCUUCUUCGAAAGCGCGGGCCACCUCCUUCGUCCUUACGGUGAAGUUCAUGUCAGCCACAAGACAAAACCCCCUUACGACAAGUGGGACCUUCGAAGACUUGCCGCGGAUUCUGGUCUUUAUCAGGUCAAAGAAGCCCCCUUCCGUGCAGCAGACUAUCCUGGCUACAACAACAAAAGAGGAGAUGGCAAGGAUUGCGACCAACCUUUCAUGCUUGGGGAAUGCAGCACGUUCAUGUUCAGAAAGGGGUAUCUGAACAUGAUUGAAAGGCCUUCCCAUUCACUUCCACUUGCUCCAGUGUGGCAGGGGUGUCACCCUUAUGUUCCGUUUAACAUGUAUGGCAUGCCGCCAGGCUCAGGAUUCCUCCCACAAUAUGCUGCUGCUCAGCCAGGAUAUGCACUAGAAUACGCUCCCCAGCAGAAUAGCAACAUGGCAGGUAUCAUGCAACAGGACCAAUUUUCGCAUCAGAGAAUGCUGAUACGGAAGUUUGGUACACAUCCCUGCUGAAGAGUGAAGAUACUCUGGCUUGAAGUUUGAACUGCCGCUGGAAGAUUCUUCUGUGGGAAAGUUUGAUGGUGCCAGGAUUUAGUUUGCGCUUUGAUAAAAUAGCACGCAUGGUGCCAUUGACAUAUGGCGACCCCACAUAUCAUUGACAUAAUGCGUGGCGUUUUAUCAAAGGCAAAGUAAAACGUGGCAUUUUACCAAAUCUCCAUACGAUGUCAUUUUUGUUGGCAACAGGCAAACAUUGAUUGCAACCAACGUUGUUUCCUCUAAAUCUAGUCGUAGACUCACGAACAGUCAAAUUCUCUAUUUUUAGCAGCUCGGUGGUUAUACUUUUCAUGUCAAUUGAUAAUGGGCUUAAAUUGUGAA